AGCUAAGUUGUCAAUCAAACUGGCACAAACCGCCUGACAGUCAAAACCAGGUUGUUUGUUAUAAAUGGUACAUUUCAGCAGUAUGAACAGGGCAUUUUAGCUCGUUUUUCUGUGUGACUUCAGACCGCGGGAGGAUAUGCUGGUUUUUAAUCUACAAGAUCUCUGUCAGGAAGGAAGCACUCGCACUGCAAACCUGCAGACUCUGAGCUAACCCAUUUUUUAUAUUUAUCUGCUUCACCACUCCUGUUCACUGCGUUUUUUGGAAAUGAGAACGACAUUAUUCCUGCUGCACGCCAUCUCAUGCUGCUGGCUGGUCAGUGCCACUCUCUCAAAAACUGAUGCAAAGAAGUCGCAUAAAGCUGAGGCUGAGACAUCUCCAGCUGAGUUGUCUGUGUUGGAGAGAGGUCUCGUUAUGUCAGACCCGCCCUGGAAAGACAUAGUGAAGGAGGAAAAGAGAUACUGGGCUCACAUCAAGAAAACAUUUCAAGGACCGGUGCUUGGAUAUGUUACACCUUGGAAUUCCCACGGUUAUGACGUUGCCAAGAUGUUUGGUGCUAAACUCUCUUCGAUGUGUCCAGUUUGGCUUCAGCUGAGGCGACGGGGGCCUGAAACGUUUGAUGUCACUGGACUCCACGAUCAUGACCCAGGCUGGGUCAAAGCUGUACGCAAGUCUAACAAAAAAGUCAGGAUCGUGCCUCGGCUGUUAUUUGACGGUUGGUCAUACCAGGACUACAUGAGUGUGCUGGGGAGUGAAGAUGAAAUUGAAGAGCUGGGAAGUGAGCUGGUGGAUGUUGCAAAGACUGAAGGUUUCGAUGGUUUCACGUUGGAGCUGUGGAGCCAGCUAGGAGGCAACAAAAGAAAGGAGCUGGUCCAUUUAGUGAAACACAUCUGUGAGACUUUGAAGGCUAAAAGAUUAGACUGCAUUCUUGUCAUCCCACCUGCUGUGACAAGUGCGGGGCAGCCAGGCAUGUUUGGCAGGGAAGAGUUUGAGCAGUUGGCUCCUGUAGUCGAUGGAUUCAGCCUCAUGACGUACGACUACUCCAGCGGGGCCAGACCGGGCCCGAGCUCCCCUCUGCCCUGGGUGAGAGACUGUGUUCUCCAGCUUGCUCCCAACACGCAGUGGAGACAAAAGAUCCUGCUUGGACUCAAUUUGUACGGCCUUGAUUUUGCGAGCCAGGGAACAGAGCCAAUCCUGGGAGGAAGGUACAUCGAGAUUUUGCGAGAACACAGGCCAAAACUUCUCUGGGACGAAUAUUCUGCAGAGCAUUAUUUCACUUACAAGAGGAACAAUGCCGUUAAGCAUGUGGUUUACUAUCCGUCACUGAAGUCAAUCUACCUGAGGGUCUCUUUGGCUACUGAACUGGGAACAGGAAUUUCCUUAUGGGAAUUAGGACAAGGACUGGACUAUUUCUAUGAUCUCCUAUGAGAGUUGGACUUGAUAGUGAUAGUGAGUGUGGACUUUGGACCAUCAGCACAUGAUUUUUUUCUCUUUUUUCUUUGAACAUGGAGUACCAAAAAUUCAGGCCCAGUAUGCAGGUUUAUUUCUGUUUUGUUUUUUUUGCUUUCGAGUGAACUCUGAAACGUGCUGUGAAUACUCAUCUUGUUUGAGGGUCAUGAAAGUGCUGUGAAAUCUUCUCUAUAUGAUCAGUUUCAGGGUUUCUUGAUUCAAACAAUAACUAACAGCAGACACAAGGUACUUCGGUAUGUUAUUCCUUUUAAUUGAUGGUACUGUGGAGAAAAAAAUCAACUUGUACAGUUCAUUCAGAGUUCAGUGACAUGUCAUUAUUAAACAACAGAGGGUGCAUGAUCAUCAAUAUGUAUAAAGUUCAAAUGAAGGAUUAUAUUCUUCUCUUGUUCACGUGCCACUGACAUCUGCAGCCAGCCUUCAGUCCAAAUCCAGAAAUCUUCUGCUGUUUUUCUCUCCAUUUUAUUCAAACAUUUCUGCUCUUGGAUGCAGACUUGCUUGCUGUGAAGAUGCAUCCUUCUCCGGCUUUAAACAUCCUGCUUUCCCCCCCCCUUUUUUUUUUUUUUUUUCAAAUCAAGACAUUUGAUUGUGUGGCUUUUAUUGGGUUUACAAUAACAGCAUUGAAAAAGUAAUGAAGUUGUAUUUACAGUGUUGCCAAACAUCUGAACCAGCAUCUUCCAAUAUUUGUCUGAGAUGAAUGUUUGUUUAAUUACAUGAAUAUAAAUGUGCAACAACUAAGCAGUUAAAUCUGAGUGCUCCUGA